GCCAGCUGAUCGCACAGGUGGCCCGUUGCGGAAAGUUCCGUGUCGGGGUUCCGAGCUGCUUGGCCGCCUUCCGGCGUGGGGUUUGCCGCCGCCUUUGCAAAUGGAAGCGUUUGUGCACUUCACCAACCAGACCCAGGGUCGAGAUCGGCUCUUUCGAGCAACUCAGUAUGCAUGCAUGCUGCUUAGCUAUAUGUUAGAGCAUAAGACCGGCCGGGAGGAAGUGAUAAUGAAGCUCAAAGACCUGGAGGCAAGCAUGCGCUCGGGCCGCAAGUUGUUCAGACUUGGUAACAUGCUGCAUGCCUUCGUUUCGGCCAGGCACGCCUCCCAGUUGCCAGAUUUGGUUUCCCGCUGCUGCCUGACUGCCUCCAACCUCAACCGUGUCCUGUACUUCAUGUGCGACACUGUCUUGUGGGUGAAGAGCGUGGGGCUCGUAUCGGAUAUCAACAAGAAGAAGUGGCGCAGCCGGGCGACCAAAUACUACUACUAUUCCCUGCUGAUAAACCUGGCCAACGACUUGUACGAGCUCUGCCGGCGCAUGGAGCAGGCCGCACGGAAAGGGAAGCUUCAGGAGGACUCAUCUCGGCCCCAGAGCUUAACUUCUCUGGCAACUAGUGGCCUGCAGCCAUUUCUCCUCCUCCUCUGCGUCACGCUGAAGAAGCAUCCUCCUUUGCUGCUGGACACGGUGAAGAACCUUUGCGAUCUCUCUAGUCCGUUGGACCUGCUGGGAAUCUACAAGACCAACCCUGGAAUCAUUGGGCUCUGCGGCCUUAUCUCCUCCUUGGUGGGGAUCCUCACCAUCGCCGUCCCACAACUGAGACUGAAGUAUUGACUUUGACGCUUCCCUGAUGGCUUCCAUUUUGCAGAGUGGUCCUUUGGAUAUCAAGCCCAUUGGGCGGGCUUCCUCUGUCCUGUCAGAGGACUUGUUCUCUGCCGCUGGCUUGGUUUCUGCCUCUUUCCUCAUACGUUUUUGCCGCCCUUCGAUGGGAGUAGGCAUCAAUCAGUGAUGGCAUCAGAAAGAGUGUGCCAGAUUUACGUAUAAGCUAAACAAGCUAUAGCUUA